CAGCUUGAGUGUUCUCCAUACACAUAUUUCACUCCUCUUCCUUGCGUUUUUAUACAAAAGUCCUUAAAAGAGUAGAAAAAAAAAAUGGAAGGACAAGGUGGUUGUGCCAAUUUUCUUCAAAGGUGUAAGCCUUAUAUUGCCAUGAUAUCUCUGCAAUUUGGCUAUGCCGGGAUGAAUAUCAUCACUAAGGUUUCUCUUAACCGAGGAAUGAGCCAUUACGUUCUGGUCGUUUACAGGCAUGCCUUUGCUACCGCAGUCAUUGCUCCUUUUGCUAUCGUUCUUGAGAGGAAAGUGAGGCCAAAGAUUACGUUUACCAUUUUCGUGCAACUUUUUGUGCUGGGUUUACUUGGGCCUGUUAUUGACCAAAACUUCUACUACGCUGGGUUGAAGUUCACAUCCCCCACUUUCUCUUGCGCCAUGAGUAAUAUGUUACCUGCAAUGACAUUUGUCAUGGCAGUUCUCUGCAGGAUGGAGCUGGUGGACUUCAAGAAAGUUAGAUGCCAAGCAAAGGUGCUGGGAACUAUAGUGACUGUGGCUGGAGCUAUGUUGAUGACACUAUACAAAGGCCACGUCAUUAAUAUGAUUUGGUCUGAAGCCGUCCACGCUCAAACAUCCUCUGCAUCUGAAGCAACUGGUUCCACUGACAAAGACUGGCUUAAGGGUUCCAUUCUCUUAAUUUUGGCUACAUUCGCUUGGGCUGCAUUUUUCAUUCUUCAGGCAGUGACAAUGAGGAAAUACACGGCGCAGCUCUCACUGACAGCCAUUGUGUGCUUUUUGGGAACAUUACAGUCCAUUGCUGUUACCUUUGUCAUGGAACACAAACCCUCUGCUUGGACAAUUGGUUGGGACAUGAAUCUCCUCGCUGCUGCCUAUGCUGGUAUUGUAUCAUCAAGCAUUGCAUACUACGUUCAAGGGCUGGUGAUGCAGAAAAGAGGGCCUGUCUUUGUGACGGCUUUCAGCCCUCUUAUGAUGAUCAUUGUGGCAAUCAUGGGCUCAUUUAUUUUGGCUGAAAAAAUCUAUGUUGGAGGUGUUCUUGGAGCUGUUCUGAUUGUCAUGGGACUUUACGCUGUUUUGUGGGGUAAAUACAAGGAAUACAAAGAAAAGGAAGCCGAGACAAUUCCUGAACCCAUCAAGGGAAGUGGAGAAACAAAUGACCACAGUCCGACUAAUAUGAUUACUGACUUUGAAGCCAAUGAUGUCGAAAUGCAAAAGAACGCUAUUGAAAUUAAGGCCUAAUUAACAAUGAUAAUCACUAAUUAGUUAAUUAAAAGAAAGGAGAGAAAGAAAGAGGAUCAAUAAUGAUAGUGUGAUUAAUUACAAGGUGGCCAUCGAGGGGAGAAAAUGAGACUUUUUUUCUUAAUUUUCCUUUUUUUUUUUUGGCCCCUUUGAGUUUAAUCAUGCAAUCUUGUAUUAUCUUCCAUGUAAGCUAAUUUUGUAAUUUAUAUAAAAGGAAAUGAGAAAAUGCAGAAUCCUUUUUUUGGUUUCUAUU